AUGGUACUUCUGUGUGAGGACGUGCUGCUGGCAGCCAGCAGAGCUGGCGGCGCCAGCACGCUCUUAGGCCUCCUCUGUGAGCUCAGAGCCACAGCUGAGCUGAAGGCACCACACUCCUCCCCUGUUCUCUGCAAGGAGGAAGCCAGUGAGCUGGUCCUCGGCCUGUGCUCAGAGCUGCUGCCCCCCCGACCCCGCACGGGGCCCCCCAGCACAGCAUUUAGUCCUCAUCUGGGUAAGAUCUCGGUAUACGGCAUCAUCCUUCACACUGAUUCAUCCAGGAGAAAAAUGAAGCCCUAA